CUUGCGUGCAUCGUUACCAGUAUUACGAAGCGUUAGAGUCACAGUCGAGUGCAAGCGAGUGGCCAGGGAAGUCGACCCAGUCGUCCUUAGGGGAUUGCGACCACCAUGGACCUUUGCAGCUCAACUGGAAGAGGAGCAUGCCUUUCGCCGGCAUCCACGUCGCGGCCGUGCCCAGCACCAGUGCAUUUGCGCGGCCGACGCCUGGCUUUCUCUCCGGCUCAGCCUGCUGGACGGCGCCACUUGCCGGUGCUCUCAUCUGCAGCGGUCCCCGCUCCCCUCCCAAAUGGUGGAAACGACGAGAGCUUCGCACAAAAACUGGCUAACUUUCCAAACGCCUUCUGGAAGUUCCUGCGGCCACACACCAUCCGGGGGACUAUCCUGGGCACCACAGCUGUGACCGCCAAGGUCCUUAUGGAGAACCCCGGCUGCAUAGACUGGGCACUGCUGCCGAAGGCGCUGCUCGGCCUGGUGGCGCUGCUGUGCGGCAACGGCUACAUUGUGGGCAUCAACCAAAUCUACGACGUCGACAUUGACGUGGUCAACAAGCCAUUCCUCCCCGUGGCGUCGGGCGAGCUGUCGCCGGCGCUGGCGUGGGGCCUGUGUCUGUCGCUGGCGGCUGCGGGCGCGGGCAUCGUAGCCGCCAACUUCGGCAACCUCAUCACCAGCCUCUACACCUUUGGCCUCUUCCUGGGCACCGUGUACAGUGUGCCUCCCCUGCGCCUGAAGCAGUACGCGGUGCCGGCCUUCAUGAUCAUCGCCACGGUGCGCGGCUUCCUGCUCAACUUCGGCGUGUACAGCGCCACGCGGGCGGCACUGGGACUGCCCUUCGAGUGGAGCCCGGCCGUCAGCUUCAUCACGGUGUUUGUGACGCUGUUUGCCACUGUGAUCGCCAUCACCAAGGACCUGCCGGACGUGGAGGGCGACCAGGCCAACAACAUCUCCACCUUCGCCACGCGCAUGGGCGUGCGCAACGUGGCACUGCUGGCCAUCGGCCUUCUCAUGGCCAACUACCUGGGUGCCAUCGCGCUGGCACUCACCUACUCCACCGCCUUCAACGUGCCGCUCAUGGCGGGCGCGCACGCCAUCCUGGCCGCCACGCUGGCGCUGCGCACGCUCAAGCUGCACGCCGCCAGCUACAGCCGGGAGGCGGUGGCGUCCUUCUACCGCUGGAUCUGGAACCUGUUCUACGCCGAGUACGCGCUGCUGCCGUUCCUGUAGAUGUAGGGAGGGGGGAAGUCUGGAUCUGGAUCUGGGUUUGGAUCGGCAUGGGGCAGGGAUUUGGGCACCGGCACCAGGAAUUGGGAGGUGCAGGGCAUGGCACAUGGCAAAUGGAGGCUGCUUGGGUGCGGCCUAGGGCCAAGAGCUGAUCUGUGUUUGUGGGGAGAGUGUGCGGAGGCGCGCCGAUCAUCAAGCAUGGAGGUAGGCUUCGGCAGCGUCAGCCUCAAGCUGCAUGGCGCUCAGCUGGCGCCGGGAGCUGAGGCUGCAGCCGGGGUGGCAGCUGGGGCUGCCAGCAGACGGCACAAGCAGUACAAGCCGAAGUAGAGGCCAGAGUCACGAGGUGGGGCCGGAGCUGGGGGGCAGAGGCACGGUGCUUGUGGACGAGGCGGCUGGCCAGUCGGGGCCCGUAAAUGGGGGCAGCAGGGCAGAUGGGAGUACGGCCACUAGGGUUUGGGCGAGGGGGUGCGCUUCUCAGCGCCGGUGCGGCGCUUUGUGAAGUUGUACGUUGGUGUCGAUCUCAGUGGUACGGACACAGGCGCAUGAUCCUACGGACCGCACUUACCUCCCCUGCGUAUGGCUGUGGUUUAUGCGCGCUGGAUGUGACGAUGUGGCAAUCACAGUAAAAUACAGCGACACUGUGCAGUGUGUUUGACGGACUACCGAAUGGUGCUCCACGCACUGCACGGUGGAAGCAGAGCGCGUUGAAGGGCUGAAGUGUUGAGCGUUGGAUAUCGCACUUAGCUGGGGGCAUACCUUGCAGCUGUUAAAUGCGUGUUCGUUGCUGGCGUGCGAAGAGAGAUAAGGGCCUUCUGUCAAUGAAGGUUACCUGGGCAACCGCUGCAGUGCUCGUAUCUUGUAGAUGCCCUCAGGCACCCGGCAUCUACACAUGCGUAGAUGACCCUGACCGCGGCAUCUAUACUUAAGCCCCCAAGCCCCCCCA